AUGGUCCUAGGCAGGCUCCUGACAGUGCUGGGCUCGGUGGCAGCGCUGACCCUGCUGCAGAGCUCCCUGAAGUUGCGCCGGAGCCUCCUCGUCUUGGUCUUGCUCACCAGCCUUCACUCGCUCCCCCCAGCCCUUAGACCGCUGCUGGCCGGCUUGGUCGGGGUGGCAGGCUGCCUCCUGGCACUCUGUGGCGUGGACCACGGCAUCUUCUCGGCUCAGAGCCGAGGAGCGCACCACCAGCAUCAUCACCGCCCACGGCUCCCCAGCGUGGAGGAAAAAGUGCCUGUGAUCAGACCCAGGAGGAGAUCUAGCUGCGUAUCCUUAGGGGAAACUUCGGCCAGCUACUACGGCAGCUGCAAAAUGUUUAGGAGACCCUCGUUGCCUUGCAUUUCCAGAGAGCAGAGGAUACUUUGGGAUUGGGAUUUGAAGCAAUGGUACAAGCCCUAUUACCAGAAUGCUGGCAGUGGAAGUGGAGUUGAUCUUUCAGUACUAAAUGAGGCUCGGAGCAUGCUAACAGACCUCCUGACUGUCCCAUCCCUUCCACCACAAGUGAUUUCUUCCCUUCGAAGCAUUAGUAGUUUGAUUGGUGCUUUCUCAGGCACCUGCAGGCCGAAGGCUAGUCCCUUCACACCAUUUCCUGGUUUCUUCCUCUGUCCUGAAAUAGAGGAUCCCGCUGAAAAAGGAGAUCGAAAGCUGCUCAAGGGAUUAAAUAGCAGGAAUAGCCUGCCAACACCACAGCUGAGACGAACUUCAGGAGUUUCUGGCAUUCAACCUAUAGAAUCAACAUCUUCUAGAUGGGACCGGAGUAACAGCAAGAGAUCUCAUCAGGAAUAUAACGUGUCAAGCCAAGGAUCUCAUUCAAAUGGGUCUUUUGGUGCAAACUUGCUGACAAUACCAAAACAAAGAUCAUCUUCUAUGACAUUGACUCAUCAUAUAGGUCUCAGACGAGCAGGUGCUUCUCCUGGCCUGAGUCCUGUGGGUUCACCUACUCAUGGAUCUGUCUCCAGUGGGGCUUUCAGCAGCUGGUCACCUGUAGAAUUUCCUGAUACUGCUGAUUUUCUUACAAAACCAAGCAUUACUAUACAUAAGCCUCCAGGACACACAUUUAGUUCUCCAGAUUUUCAGCAGCAAGUUAAAACACCUGUAGGUUAUAUGUGUAGCAGCUGUGGACGUCAGAUGCUCAAGCCUGUUCCAACACCAGAACCAGAAUUUGCAGAAAAUAAAGACAGAAAACCAGGUGAAACUGGAAGUACUAGUCUUACAAAAGAAUCUUUCCACCGUACAGAGAAGAAAAAAGAUGAAAGGAAGGAAAUGAUCGAUCAAACACAAAAUAAUCUGCUUGUGGAGCAGAGUCCUACAUUAGAAACAACGUUAUUAGACCAUGAUUCACUGAUGGAGAAGAUGACCAAUUGGAAUUUCCAAAUUUUUGACCUUGUACAAGAAAUGGGAGACCAGUCUGGAAGGAUCCUUAGUCAGGUAACUUAUAACUUGUUUCAAGACACUGGUUUGUUUGAAAUUUUCAAAAUCCCAACUCAAGAAUUCAUGAAUUACUUCUGUGCACUAGAAAACGGCUACCGAGAUAUUCCCU